AUGUCGAACCCUAUUAGAGCUAACGGUAAACCAAAGUCGUCGAUGCAGAUCGACAAUGCUCCUACACCUCACAACACCCCAGCUAGUGUAUUGAACAACAGUUAUCUGAAGAAUGGGAACCCUGUCGCCAGCAAGAAUAUUCCUCAAACUAUUGCUGAAGAAGAUAACAGUCAAGCUGCCCAAGUAGCCAGUGCUUUGCUAGCUCAAAAGCCAUUACUUUUGGCGUCGAUCCAGGAUAAAUUGGACGAUUUGAUUGGUGCAGACAGUGGAUAUGUGGAAUCAUUGCCUAUUGAUGUGAAGAAUCGUGUUUAUUCGUUGAGUUCUUUACAAACAGAACUGUUUGAUUUGGAGAAAAACUUCCAAGUCGAGAUGUUUGAAUUGGAAGAUAAAUAUAACAAAUUAUACCGUCCAUUGAUGGAACGUAGACACGCAAUCAGCAGCGGUUCUGUCGAACCAACUUCAGAAGAAAUUGCUAAAGGUCGUGAACUUGCCGGUGAAGAAGAUGAAGAAGAAGAAGAAGGCGAGGCUGGCGCUGAAGAUGAAGAGAAAAUAGAAGGUAUUCCAUCAUUCUGGUUAACUGCUCUUGAGAACUUACCAAUUGUCAGUGAAACAAUCACAGAUCGUGAUGCUGAAGUAUUAGAAUACUUGACAGAUGUGUCUAUGGAAUAUAUCUCUGAGGGCCAACCUGGUUUCAAAUUGGUAUUUAUGUUUGAUGAUGCUGAAAACCCAUACUUCACAAACAAGACAUUAACCAAAACAUAUUAUUAUCAAAGUGAAUUGGGUUACAGUGGUGAUUUCGUAUACGAUCAUGCUGAAGGUGAGACCAUUACAUGGAAGGACCAUGCACAUAAUGUCACUGUUGAUGUUGAACAACGUAAGCAACGUAAUAAAGCUACAAAACAAGUACGUACAGUUGAGAGAAUGACUCCCGUAGAAUCGUUUUUCAACUUCUUUGAACCUCCGGUGGCUCCAACUGAAAAGAAUGAAGAAACCGAGGCAGAAGAGGAUGAAGAAGAUGAAGAGGAUGUUGAUGAGGAAUUAGAGUCCCGUUUGGCUUUGGAUUACUCCAUUGGUGAACAGCUAAAGGACAAACUAAUCCCUCGUGCCGUGGAUUGGUUCACCGGUGCAGCUUUAGAGUUCGAGUUUGUCGAAGAUCAAGACGAAUACGAUGAAGGUGAAGAAGAGGAUGAAGAAGAGUACGACGAUGGCGAAGGUGAAGGUGAAGGUGACAAUGACGACCAGGACGACUUCGCAGGUACCGAGCAAGCACCAGAGUGUAAGCAAUCCUGA